UUGUUAGCCAGUCUUGGAAGCACCGCGCGGCGCCGCGCCAUUCAAAACUUUGCCACCGAUGAGACACUACCGCUCCCAAAAUAUUUUUGAAAAAUUAGUUUGGGUGAUCAGUGCAACCACGUAACCACAUUACUAUUCGAAUCACAUCUAACGAGCGCCUAGGCCGUUCGCGCCAAUGCGCCACUGACACAUUUCUGCAUUUUCGCGCGCCGUUUGAAUUUAGAACAGAUUUGAAAUUUGUUUUCUUAAUUAGUGUUUUCUUAAUAUUGUGCCCGGACUAACUACGUGCUUAUAAAAAUAUCUGUGAUUUUCGAGAUUUUGUUGUUCCUGUAAUUUUUGUAUAAGCCAGUUCUGCAACAUUGUAAGGUCUGUGAUCGUCCACUCCGGCGCAGGCGAGCCCCCAGUCUUCAAUGCCGUUUUCUGAAUGUCAAGGAUGGAAAUGAGCCGAUACUCGGCGGGCGGGACCUCCUUCCUGACAUAUUGGAUAUUACUUCUGCAGAUGCUGGGCAGCGCGCGGCGCGGGGCGGAGGGCCACGGGCGGCUGAUGGACCCCCCGGCGAGGAACUCCAUGUGGCGCUUCGGCUUCCCCAACCCCGUCAACUACAACGACAAUGAGCUCUUCUGCGGGGGGUAUGCCGUUCAGUGGGAGCAGAACAGCGGGCGGUGUGGAGUGUGCGGGGACGCGGACCACUUGUCGGAGCCCAGACCGCACGAGGCCGGAGGGAUGUACGGCAAGGGCAUCGUCACCAGGCACUAUAGUGUUGGACAGGAAAUCGAAGUGGAGGUGGAACUGACAGCCAAUCAUCUCGGGACGUUUGUGAUGAAACUGUGUCCAAACAACAACCCGAAACAAGAAGCCAGCCAGGAAUGCUUCGAUCGGUACCCGCUCUUCAUAUCUGGUACCAGAGAGGACCGGUUUCUCAUCCCCCUGGACACCAAGAAGAAGGACAUCUUCAGGUACCGGGUGCGACUGCCGCCCUACGUCACCUGCACCCAGUGCGUGCUGCAGUGGACAUACUACACUGGAAACAUGUGGGGCAUAUGCGCGAACGGGACGGAAGCGGUCGGAUGUGGCCGCUCAGAGACCUUCCGCAACUGCGCUGACGUCAGCGUGAUCACCAGCACCGGGGGGGUGCCCCCCGCCUUCGCCGGGGACCUGCGCAGGGACAACCCCUUCCAGCUCUACUAUAGGGACUACAGCAUGCCACAGACUAUAUACCCGCUGGUUGUGCGAGAAGAACCUAAAGUACCAAUAGUACCUAAAGUCGUCGAGAAGGAACCCUUGCGUACUAACAAUGAUAUCGAAAUAUCCAACAGCGUGGAGGAUAUAACCCGCCCAUUUGUCAUUAGAGACCAGGUGUGUACCCCGACCAACGCGUACCGCGUGAUCCCCGGCAUGCUGAGCUGGUGUCAGACCAACUGCCUCUCCUACCCGCCCAACUGUCCGCCAGCGCUGUGCCAGUGCCCACAAACCUGCGAAGCCAUAGGCGAGCUGGAAGGCCGGGAAGGCGCGGACGUGUACUGUAUGGACCAAUGUAUCGUGUACCCGCCGAAGUGCCCGCGCGACCGCUGUCGCUGCUACGACGAGAAGCUUGAGGCGGACGAAGACGAGCUAGCGAGAUACGUCAUUCCGGGGCGGUUAUUCAGGCUGGCGCCGUAGAAACUGAUUCUACCAGAGCACACUUGAUAUUUAUUUAGCCUGUUGAAAUAUCCCACAGCUGGGCAAAGUGUUUCGUUUAAUUUUUACACAGAUUUUUGUCGGCAUGUUGCCACUCCCGCAGAAAACGUUCAUUAAUGUCAUCCCGCCGCCGUCUCUUCCGCGGCCUCCUUUUGCGUCUACGCCUUUCUGGCACCCGUAGGUAGUUGGGCAUAUCUCAUUGGUGACAUGCGGUAAACAUGAUCAUGAUAGCCUAUCACAAUUAAUUGGAGGUCGGCUCUCCGUUUCUUUUUGCGCCAUUCUUAUAUACUGCGCUUUUGUGUCAGGGGUAACGUCUAUCGUCUUCAUUAUGUUUUGAUAGUAAUGGAAGAAGGACUUUUGCGCCAUUUUUCGUUUAUUUUGGAUAAAUCCUUCAUGGCAGAGUCUCAAUUUUUAUUAAUAUGAGGUAGAUAAAGAUAUGUUAUUUUAUAAAUUAUGUAAAGUGUCGGGUAGCUAGCCUAUCGUGUGGGAACUGUGUAUAUAAAUCAAAUAUAUCUAAUAUGAACAAACGUAUUAGUGUGCUCUGGGCUCAGUAAAAUAAUGUUAUUAAAUGAAAUUCUAAACUGAUAAAAAUGUAAAAAAAAACAAAACUGAAAUGCCAUUUCUAACUUUUAGUUUCACCGUGCCAUAAUAGGAGAUUCCUUAUUUGUUUAUUGUUUUUUUUUAAUAUUCCACACAAUGUAGGUAGAACUUCUAACUCCCGUUAUACCAAUUUUUUGACAAGUACCUCACAUUGCACUAGGUGUACUUAUACAUGGCGUUCCAAGCGUUUAGAUACCAUUUGCGUGGUAUUAAGGCUGUAUUUAGAUAGUUAAACAGUUGGUUGGCAGCCCUUUGCUUGUUGCAUUAAAAUCAAUUAAAACAGCAAAAUGCCAAUUUUUCAUCUUUUUUUCACAAAAUCUUAAAUAUCUGGGAAACUAGAAUCAGCCCUGUGGUACCAUUUUGCUUGGAACGCCACUUAUGUACUUUUUAAAUAUUGUAUUGUAAAACACGACAGUAGUUUUUACGAGAUUCUUGAUAUUUAAUGAGAUCUGGAGGGUGUACAGAUGUAGAAUAUUAUAAGCAAGUAUAUUUAAGUGUCUAUAAUUUUGCAUAGUUAGCAUAAUUGUACAUCGCAAUUCUUUUUCGUAAUGUGACGCCUCUAAUUUUGUACAUUAAAAGUCAAAAACAUUUAUUGCAAAAUCUGUGUUUGUACAUACAUACAAGAGUGGUAAAUUUAACAAUUGUCAUUUAUACAUUAACAAUUUUUAUGAUAAAAAGGGGAACAUUUUCAACUGUCAUUCAUUAUUUAGGUACUACUUUGCCAAACGUUUAUGGUAUGAUAUGAUAUGAUAUGAUAUGAUAGGUCUAUGUCAAAUCCACAUUUUUUCGAAAAAUAUCGAUUUUAAUCGUAACGUAAAGAUCUUUAAGAGUUUCCCUUUUUGCAGCUUUGUAUUGGUGAAGUUUUCCAAAAAAGGUGUCAAUGAAAUUGAAUUCACUUACUUAUUAAAUAUUUAUACAUAUUUAGUAAAAUGAGAUUAUAGUUUUAUAUUUACAUAAA